UCACUUCAACAGGGAAGUAGGCAGGACUCACACAGAUACGCACCACCAGCCUAGACCGUGGUCGCACGGAGCGUGUGUGUUUAAAGUGUGUAUCCUGUCAUCCGGGUUCGGUCAGGGUUUAUCUUCCAGGUUAUCAUCUCGUUAACGGACCUAAGUACCCACCAGAAGGUCUGACCACACCUCUGGCAGAAGAGGAACAACACAAGCACUCCUGUCUGGAAAGGAAACACACACCUCAGAGAAAAUGGCCAACAUUCCCCUCUCUCGCUCUGAGGUGUUUGGGGAGCUGAGGAAGGAGCUGCAUGAAGAUGAAAAGUUCCAUCAGUCUGAUGUUCACAUCUUCAUCAUCAUGGGAGCAUCGGGGGAUCUGGCAAAGAAGAAAAUCUACCCAACACUCUGGUGGUUGUUCAGAGAUGGCCUCCUUCCUGAGCAGACGUAUUUUGUGGGCUUUGCUCGCUCUGACUUGACAGUUGAUGCGAUCCGGACUUCUUGCAUGCCAUACAUGAAGGUGAUGGAUACAGAAGCAGAGCGGCUGUCCGCCUUCUUCAGCAGGAACACAUAUAUAAGUGGGAAAUAUGCUGAUGAGGCUUCCUUCUCCAAACUCAACACACACAUCCUUUCUCUGCCCGGAGGAACCGAGGCAAACCGUCUCUUCUACCUGGCCCUGCCACCCACCGUCUACCACGAUGUUACCAAGAACAUCAAGCACCAGUGUAUGAGCACAAAAGGCUGGAACAGAGUGAUUGUGGAGAAGCCGUUUGGACGUGACCUUCAGAGCUCCGAAGAGCUGUCCACUCACCUGUCCUCCCUCUUCACUGAAGAACAGAUCUACCGUAUAGAUCACUACCUGGGCAAAGAAAUGGUGCAGAACCUCAUGGUGCUCAGGUUUGGCAACCGAAUCUUUGGGCCGAUCUGGAACAGGGACAGUGUUGCCUGUGUUGUCCUCACCUUUAAAGAACCAUUUGGCACUCAGGGACGAGGAGGCUACUUUGAUGAUUUUGGCAUCAUCCGAGAUGUCAUGCAAAACCACUUGCUCCAGAUGCUUUGCCUGGUUGCCAUGGAGAAACCAGCUUCCACCAGUUCAGAUGAUGUCAGGGAUGAAAAGGUCAAGGUGCUGAAGUGCAUCGCUCCAUUGUCCUUGUCAGACGUGGUGCUGGGUCAGUAUGUUGGGGAUCCAGAAGGUGAGGGAGACGCCAAACUGGGUUACCUUGAUGAUCCCACAGUUCCUAAAGGAUCAACUCAGGCCACCUUUGCCACCGCUGUGCUCUAUGUGCAAAAUGAACGCUGGGAUGGCGUUCCUUUCAUCCUUCGCUGUGGAAAAGCUCUGAAUGAGAGGAAAGCUGAGGUGCGGCUUCAGUUCACAGAUGUCCCAGGAGACAUUUUUGGAAGUCAGUGUCGCAGGAAUGAGCUGGUGGUGCGUGUACAGCCCAAUGAAGCCAUCUACGCCAAGAUGAUGAGCAAGAAACCUGGUGUUUACUUCAGCCCUGAGGAAACUGAGCUGGACCUCACCUACAAGAGUCGAUACAAGGACGUCAAGCUUCCAGACGCUUACGAGCGUCUCAUCCUGGAUGUCUUCUGUGGGAGUCAGAUGCACUUUGUACGCAGCGAUGAACUACGGGAAGCAUGGAGGAUCUUCACGCCUCUCCUUCAUCAGAUAGACAAAGAGAAGCCGAAACCUAUUCCAUACAAAUAUGGAAGCCGUGGCCCAACAGAAGCAGACGAACUUUCAAAGAAAGUUGGAUUCCGCUACGAAGGCACUUACAAAUGGGUCAACCCUCACAGACUGUGAACUGUGAUGAGAUGAGGGAGGAGUAGAGGUAGGAUAGUAGGAGGGGUACAGCAGGGUAAGUGAGCCAUGUCAUGUUACAAUAAUGGGGUGUCUUUGAGGAAAGAAGUGUUUCCACUGUGUGGAUCCAUCACAGUAGCAACAAAGAAGAUAUAAAAAAAAAAAAAAAAAUAGAAUAUUUCUCAGGUAUAGCAAUUAUU